AUGGCGGGGAAGAAACCGGAGAAAGCAAAACUGUUGAAAACGAAACUAGUGCUACUGGACUUGAAGCUAGCUGCUCUACUGCGGAUCAACACAGCUACCCUCUGGAACCAAGAAGAUAUAGGGAGAAACAACAAGUUGACAAAAGAGGGACAGGAUAAAAAUGCAUCAGAUAGCUGGAUCUUUCUCUGUUUUUCUAUUUAUUUUGCUCUCGCACACCAAUCCAGUCAGUCCAAAAGAAAGGUGGAGCAGAUCCUGUCAGAGUUUACGCUACAGGAAGAGGAUCUGAAAAAAGUAAUGUAUCGGAUGCAAAAGGAAAUGGACCGAGGGCUAAAGCUGGAGACCCAUGAAGAGGCUUCUGUAAAGAUGUUGCCCACAUAUGUGCGCUCCACCCCUGAGGGUUCAGAAGUUGGAGAUUUCCUAUCUUUGGAUCUUGGGGGCACAAAUUUCCGAGUGAUGUUGGUCAAAGUGGGGGAAGGUGAAGAAGGGCAAUGGAAUGUGAAGACAAAGCACCAAAUGUAUUCCAUCCCGGAGGAUGCCAUGACAGGAACAGCCGAAAUGCUCUUUGACUACAUCUCAGAAUGCAUCUCUGACUUCCUAGAUAAACACCAGAUGAAACACAAAAAGCUACCUCUGGGCUUUACGUUUUCCUUCCCUGUGAGACACGAGGACCUCGACAAGGGGAUCUUGCUGAACUGGACUAAAGGCUUCAAAGCAUCAGGAGCUGAAGGGAACAAUAUUGUGGGGCUUUUGAGAGAUGCCAUCAAACGGCGGGGGGACUUCGAGAUGGACGUGGUAGCAAUGGUGAAUGACACAGUGGCCACCAUGGUGUCCUGCUACUAUGAAGAUCACCGAUGUGAAGUCGGCAUGAUCGUAGGCACGGGUUGUAAUGCCUGCUACAUGGAAGAGUUGCAGAAUGUAGAGCUGGUGGAAGGAGAUGAAGGCCGGAUGUGCGUGAACACUGAAUGGGGAGCUUUUGGAGCAUCAGGAGAGCUGGAUGAGUUCCUUUUGGAGUAUGAUCGUGUGGUGGACGAAACCUCGCUUAACCCCGGUCAGCAGCUGUAUGAGAAGAUCAUCGGCGGGAAGUACAUGGGGGAGAUUGUGCGGUUAGUGCUGCUAAAACUUGUCAAUGAAAAUUUGCUCUUCAACGGAGAAGCUCCAGAGAAGCUCAAAAUCAGGGGGUCCUUUGAAACUCGUUUUAUCUCACAAAUUGAAAGCGACCCUGGCGAUCACAAGCAGAUCUACAACAUCCUGAAUUCCUUUGGGGUGAUGUCUUCGGUAACGGAGUGUGACAUUGUUCGUAUGGCAUGUGAGAGUGUUUCCACACGGGCUGCGCAGAUGUGUUCAGCCGGGCUGGCUGGUGUCAUUAAUCGCAUGAGGAAGAGCAGGUGUGAGGAGACGUUGAAGAUUACCGUUGGAGUGGAUGGCUCUGUCUACAAGCUCCACCCCAGCUUCAAAGAUCGGUUCCAUGCAGCCGUCAGACAACUCACGCCGGGCUGCGAUAUCACUUUCCUGCAAUCCGAGGAAGGCAGCGGGCGGGGAGCGGCUCUCAUCUCUGCUGUAGCGUGCAAAAUGGCCUGCAUGAUGGGCCAGUGA